AGAGAGAGAGAGAGAGAGAGAGAGAGAGCUAUCAGAAGAAGAAAGAGAGUGAAACGGUGAAAGAAACCAUCGAAGAAUCCCAUUAAUCUCGCCCGAAACACGGAACGAAAGCAGCGGAAACCUCAAGACAUCCCACGUCCGUCUGUCCACUUGGAAUGACCACUUUUCCGUCGCAACACAUCAUUUUUUUUCCCGCGAGAAGCCUGUGGAAUGUGAAUACUAGGAUUAUACUGCGAUCCAUUCAUGUGCUCAGCGUCAUUAAACUGCUGCAGAAUGUUUGUUUGAGAGGAAAAAACGAGUUGAGCUGCACAAAACGUCUGUUUCGGAGACCACAUGCGUGAAGCUUUUUUCUUUCUGAAUAUUGCGUAUUUCGCGUUGUUCAACAGUAAGCCGAUUAAAGUUUGGCAUGCGGACGGGGAAUGUUUGCGGACUUGAUUCAUAGUGCAUUAUUGCCAUUGCAGUCAUCAGUGUUGAUCUAUUGUAGCACUGGAGUCUAAUGUUGGGCUUUGCUCAGGCUCUGCGCCUCUGUGCAUGUAAGCACAGAUCAUUGAUGUCGGACAGAGAGCGCAGGAGGGUUCGGAGUCUCCGCGGGUCUGACCAAACAUAGGGAAAACGGAUGAAAACUGCUUAAACUGUCGUAUGUUCAGGACGAGACGCACGGGUCUGGUUCGGCGACUCUGGAGAAGCCGUUUGAUCACUGCAGGUAAAGAGUGGGGCGAUGGAGGUCUGGACGACUGGAGUGACAGCAACCCGGAGAAAAUCCCCAGAACGGAAUACGCGCCGGGAAACACUGGGGCCUCUUGCAGCAGACUUGUAGAGGAAAGUGGGGAACCGGGGGUCCUUGUUGACCAUGAGCGGCGUGGAAGCCCCCUGAGAGAGGGGAGCGAGGGCAGGACGGUGACAUGCUGUUUAUUUAAAGACUUCACUGGAGGUAACAGACGUACGUGUCAUGUGGAACAUAGAAACCACAACAACUGCGCCGUUUGCCGUUUGAGUGCCGGGGAACGGGAAAGUGGUCCCGUGACCGAGCAAGAACUGAAGAAGUGCACUUAUGCGUUUCUGAAAAGGUUGAAAGAGAAAUCUCUGGAUGUUUUACUGGAGGCAGUGGAGUCUCAAGGUGGGAUGCCGAGUGGAUGUGUUCUGACAUCACAGACUGAGGUGCGGGUUGGAGGUCAGCUGGUGUCUCCACAUUACCUGCUGUGUAGGCUGUUCCGCUGGCCCGACCUGCGGCUCUCCUCUCUCCUCAAACCGCUCUGUCACUGUCAGAGCUUCAGAGCAGAGGACAGUCAGACUCUCAGCUGCUGCAACCCCUAUCACUACAGUCGCAUCUGUGGACCAGUUAAGGAUGACACGCCACCUCCUCCCUACGCCCAUCUUUCUCCCUUAUCUGAACACAAGCCAUUGAACUCUUUCCUUCCGAUGCUGCCUUACAUAGAAACUGAAGCCACACAGUCACUCAGUGUCAUGCUACAGGACUGUUCAAAUGCCAGUAUGUCUCCCUCCUCCCUGGCAAAGAAUCACUGGUGUAACGUGGCAUACUGGGAGCUUCGUACGCGUGUGGGCCGUCUGUACCCAGUGCACGAUGCCUCGCUUAGCAUCUUCUAUGACCUACCUCAGGGUACAGGCUUGUGCUUGGGCCUGCUCCCCCUUUCUCCUCGCUCCACCUCCGUCCAGCGCACCCGUGGCAAGAUUGGACAUGGCAUCCUCCUCAGCAAAGAGCCAGAUGGAGUUUGGGCCUACAACCGUAGUCAGCACCCUAUAUUUGUGAAUUCACCCACUCUGGAGCAUCACCCCUACCUGAGUUUGACUGUGAGGAGAGUCAUGCCAGGCUACUCCUUAAAGGUUUUUGACUAUGAGAAGUUGUGCCAAAUUCAACCCCCCUGCAAUUUGGCACACCUUGAAGGGCCAUACGACCCAAACAGUGUGAGGAUCAGUUUUGCCAAGGGCUGGGGACCGUGCUACUCAAGACAAUUUAUUACAUCAUGUCCGUGCUGGUUGGAGAUUUUGCUCAACAAUCACAGAUAGCGUACACACACAAACAAAUGCAAACAGACACAUUCAGUACUUCACUCUUACCACAUCCUGCACACACUCACUACAUACACUCACAACCCCUAAUGUAAUCUAUCUAAAUUUAAUAUAAAGUUUUAUAUAAACGUAUUAUAUGGAAUACUUGUAAAUACUGAGUCAUUUUUACAGCAAAGUUAUUUAUGUAUGGUGCAAUGUCUUUAUGGAUGGACAGAGGAAAUAAAAACAAAAGAAACGCACUUUGGAUUUCUGUGUGUUAAAAUGUGCCAUUUUUACUAGAGAGUUUCCUUUGAACUUGGUUUUGAUAAAUAAUUUUAAAAUCUCCAACAGGUUAAGUAUCAUAGUGUUAUUGAUAAUUACAUAUUUGAAAUACUGGUCCGCCUGAUUAUACUUCUUAUAGUAAUUAGUUCAGUGCAUGUUCAGUUUAAAAUGCUGUUUGUAGUAUUAUUUUACAUUUACAUAUACAGUAUAUUUACAUAUUUACAAGUAUUCAUUUACAUGUACAUCACAGUCAGUGCACUCAGUUGGUACAAUGCAUAGUUUGUUUAAAUAAACAAAUAGGGCUAAUGUGUAGUCACCGAAUGAAAACUUAAAGGAUACUAUUGAUUGUAUCCACCAAGCUGAUGUUUAAAUAAAAUGUGGAAAAAAAAAUUAUAUAGUACUGUGCAAAGUUUUAGGCACUUGUGAAAAAUGUUGCAUAGUGAGGAUGUCUUAAAAAAUAAUGAAAUAAAUAGUUUUCAUUUAUCACUUAAUGUCAUGCAAAGUCCAGUAAACAGAAAAAGAGCUAAAUCAAUAUUCAGCGUGGCCACCUUUGCCUUCAAAACAGCACCAAUUCUCCUAGGUACACCUGGACACAGUUUUUCUUGGUUGUGGGCAGAUAGGAUGUUCCAAGCUUCUUGGUGAAUUUGCCACAGUUCUUCUAUCUGUUUAGGCUGUCUCAGUUGCUUCUGUCUCAGACAGACACGAUGUUCAGUGUGGGGCUUUGUGGAGGCUAUGCCAUCUGUUGCAGGGCUCCCUGUUCUUCUAUUCUAAUCUUUUUUAUAUGCAAAAGAAAUGUUUGGGAGUCUAAAAUUUAUAUUUCCUAUUGACACACUAAAGUAGCAGAUAUAAAUAACCAUCUUAAACAAAUGGUUUUGUGAAACAUCUUAUGUGCCUAAAACUUGUGCACAGUACUGUAUAUAUAUGGAAAAAUAGCAACAGAUGUCUUAUAAUUACUACAAUAAUAAUAUGAUGAUGUGUACAGAGGAUCAAUAUUUGUGUACAGGUAUGUUGUCUGUUUGUUGCUGCUGCUGGAUGAUUUCAUUUCAACUCAGCUAAAAUUUAACCGUAAAAUCAAUUUCAUCUUUAUUAUCAAUGUUGAUCAAAAUGAUCACUAAUUUACCACUAGAUCUCUCAACUUUGAUAAAACAGAUUUGAUGUUUA